AUGACAUCCCAUCCUACCCUUAAUGCCACGACAAGAAACAGUUCCAGCACUUCUCCGAUCGAACGCCGAAAGACUUCAAGCACAUAUUCGAGUUCGAACCAACGAUACAGUAAUGACAGCAGCGGGACAGGCGAAUCUAGUGCGGCAGCAAGCAAUCGAAAUAGCUUUGCGACAAGCACCUUGAACGAAGAUGAAGGAGAACAACAGGGGGACUUGGAUGGAAGCAUAGAGGACAGGACUAAGAAAGAUGGCAGGAGUAAAAGUAGGGCUCACAAUAAAAGUCGAAGCGGCGGAGGGUUCCUGCUGUCAAAUUCUCUCUUUCAUCGCAACGGGGAGAGCUCGUCCACGUCCAAUGCAGAACAUCAAUCUCGCAGCCGAGGAUUACUUCACGACUUAAAAGGCAAAUCAGCGGACAAAAAACAGAACAAAAGACAGUCGCGCAAUAGUAUUGCAGUGGGAAGCCCUCUGGCUGCAAAUGUGACCAGCGCUCCCACGGCUCAGGAGAUUGAACAGGAAGAUACGGUGGAUGAAAAUACGACGCCACAAAGCGAGCAUGGGCAAGGCACAGAAGCAUCCGAUAAACCUGUUUCGAAUGGAUUGGACGUUGAUUCCGCCCAGAUUGUUAAUUUAGCUCUAAAUCUCAGUGAAAGCAGAAGGAUCGCAUCGAGACGCAAUGUUUCUACACCAGUACCUCCAAGCACUGCAGGCUUCCGAGAUGAGAUGGCAGGAGGUAGCCUGCGUCACCAUUUACAACAGCAAAGGAGGGUGUCUAGGAACAUCUCACCAAAGCCCGACAGAAAUGAUAGAACGCUCACAAGUCCUCCACGUCUUUCGUCAGGAAUAAGAGUCAGUCCCUUACCAAUAGCAUUAGAUGCAUCUGAGAUUACCUAUGAAUAUCAUUUCUCUGCAUCUACCUUGGCAAGAGCAGAAAAGGCUAAGAGGGCAAUUGAGCUUAUGGCCCAAUACCGUCGAUUGUUACAAUAUGUUCCUCCUUUGAAAGCUGGACUUCUAGAGACGAAUCAACAUAGCAGUCCAGGCUCGACUUCUGAACAUUCUCAUCGCGUCUUUGGGAGGGAGUAUAACCCUUUACAGUACAUAAGGAAUAGAAAAGUGCGUGCUCGGGCUCGGAUCUCCAUCGAUGGUGAGGCAGAGGAAUUCGGAAAUGUCUACAAGGUAUCAUGGUGGGUUGACGAGGUCUCAAAAGCCGCUUUAAGCGACACGUUUGUCAAUGGGAAUCAUGUAGCACUACCGCCUUUCUCCAAGUCUAUAGAAGAAGGUCCUUCGCCACAUACAUCACCUCGGUCUGCUGUGAGUAAGAAUCAGACAGCCCCCAAGUUGGCAAGACCAAGAAUCGACUGGGCUACCAACCCUGCAGACAUGCUUGCAGACAUCUAUUGGAUGGAACAGGGUGAUAACAAGAUGCUGAUCGAGGAUCGAAAUGGGAGACCGAUAUUUCCUCGAGGCAGGCAAUCCAUUCCACGCAGACCCGAGGAUUUUGAUAUCCUCGUGACGCCGGACCAUUUUCAUCACAAAAAGUCGAACUCGGCUGUAGACCUUCGUAUCGAUACUAAACUUCCCGAUUUCAGAUCUUCUAAGGUCGAUUCGGAUAAAAAUUUAGAAAGUACAGCCUCUAAAGUUCGGCACAAGCUACACGACGCAACUCACCCACAACAUGGCAGGAAUAGUGCAAGCCGCGAGCGUUCCCGCUUCUUACGAUCUAGGAGCCGAUCUAGUUCUGAUUCCUCUGACAGUGAGCAUAUAAAAAAAUUCUCAAAACGAAGGCGUCGUGGGACGAAUGAAAGUGAAGACGACUAUGGUAAAGACAUUCUUGAGAAGCAGAUGCUGGAAAUGCUUGCGAAAGAAUCAGGAGGUUCGAAUUGGACGACACCGAACAAGGUUGAUAGAAAGGCUUCUGUUCCGGUUAUUGAAACACCAGCGCUUCCCGUGCUCCGCAGCGGGGACAAAUCUGAUUCAAGUAUAAGCCUGCGCCAAAGAAGGACCGAUUUGAAAGCUAUCGACAAAGAUUCUCCUACUAAGAAAAGACGCCCAUUCAUACCUACUUCAUCAGGUCGACCAAGCCUUGAAGUACCAAGCCUUAGUCCUCGAAACUCUCUAGAUGGUCUUGACACUACUGCACCCAAUUCUCCACAGGUCCGGGCCUCCAAAUUAUCUAAUUUUGUUCCCAGUAUUGGGUUAGACCUUUCAUCACCUCGUAGUCGCCGGUCAUCUCCAAAUAGAAAGCGGGCAUUAUCACGGGUCAGGUCCAAGAUUAACCCGUUCCGUGAACAUAGCAGAGACCGUGGUGGUGAAUAUGAAGCAGACAAAUCUCGACUUUCGAUUGAUUCUAUUGGUUCUAUAGGCUCGAGAAUUGAUCCAAGAGAGCAUAUUCUUGAAACUAUAAAUGUUCGUAAACGAUCUAUGAGCCCUACGAAGAAAGUUAUAGCAAGAGAGAAAGAUGAGGGUUCAAAGCCGCUCAAGAAACAGAGUAGCCUACGGAGGGCCAAAGGCGAUGAACCCUCUGGCAUUCGAGGAUUGUUCAAAGGCUCUCGUGGACCAGUUGCUAGAGUUAGUGAGUUUUUGUGGAAAAAGGAUUCGAAUAAUUCUGCUGCGUCGACCGAUGAAUCUGAUAUGGAAGAUUACCACACGCCAGUGCGCGAAAACGAAAAGAUAAAUUCUAUUGAUAAACAAGACUCGAGGCCAGUAGAUGUGGAGGUGCCGCAAGACAAAUCGAUUCCAACCUAUAUUAAUGAUAUGCCUACAUUCAAGUCGCCUUUGGAAAAUCGUGGGAGGUCCACACAGAGCCGCAAAGCAGAAGCAGUCAUCGAAGCAGAAUCUACAGAAGUCGAAAUUUCAUCUAGGUCAAAACUUGAGCCUCCCCCAAGGAUUGAGAUCGACGGGGUUUCACCAGCAUCGUCUCCAGAAGGGGAAAACCGGCGCACUUCUGAUGUAUCCGAUAUGUCAACUCGCAAAAGGAGCUCUGCCCGAGGUGGUCGUAGCGCAGACGCUCGACUCAAUGCCAUACUUGGAUACCCCGGUCACAAGGUCGAUAGAAUGCCAGUCACUGGCUUGUCACAAAUCGAGGCCAAUGAAAGUAGACGCCCCUCACUUGAUGCAAAUCGUCGAUGGAGUCACUCGGAUAGCGGAAUAUCCGUUCAUCGUGGUCCCAUCACGAGACGUGACAUUGCUUAUGUCAAAACCCGUCUGUAUAGUUCCGGUGUCAAGUCAACGUACCUUGCACGCCGGGCCGCGGAACCAAUAGACUUUCGAACUGCGCAAGAGAAAUGCUAUGAAGGUAUCGGUUCUCUUACCAAUAAGUCUCUUCCCCUGGUCCCGAGAUCGCAACAGCAUAUUCUAGCAGCGAACAUCAUUCGUGAUGAUAUUCAACUUUCAGUACGGUUAUGGCAACAAUCUCAAGAAAACUUCUCCAUGAAUACUAUCCAAACACUAUUGAACGACAUGGGAGCUCUGCAUAGUCGCAUAAUGGACAACUUAACUCCAAUGGCGAGAAAGGCAGCGGAUGAAGCGGAUGAGGUGUCGAAAGAUUUGGUCACCAGUCAGAUACUGGAAGUUAAUAAGUUGACGGCUAGUAUGGAUAAGAUGAUCAGAAGAAGGAAGCGAAGGUUUAGAUGGGUGAGGAGAGGAGGGUGGGUCGUGGUGGAGUGGGCAUUGGUGGGAGUAAUGUGCUAA